CGUCAUUCGUGUGCGGGAGUCAAAUCGAGGAAGAAAUAAGAGUGCUACACGCAAAAGAACCCUCUCGUCACCAUCGUCAUCAUCGCCGUCGUCGUCGUAAUUAACAAUCAAUUACGAGCCUCUCACAUCUGGUCCCAGUAGCCUGGACACGUUUAGACCAUACGCGUCAACGCCACCUUGGAUUUCCGCGAAACCACCGUCACAACACGGCAUAGAACAAAAGAAAUCCAGGGGGAAUUAGGCCUACUGCAAUCGAUCGAUCGAUUUCCGGCGACUGCCCGACCAUCAUCGUUUUUUUUUUACUUCUGAAGACAGAGCCAAACUAGGAGGAAGAGGAGAGAAGGACGAGGUGAUAAAAGGAAGUUAUCCGAUCUUGGAGCAAAAGCAACGAUGACUCCGUCGAGGUUUGCACUGGUCGUUGGCGUGUCCUGCCUGAUGAUGGCCACCGUGGCGUGGGGAACCGACCAAGCGGCGGCGGCAGUACCGUCUGAUCCAACAUCAACAACUCCCGCUGUAAUUGACGAUAAGAACACUACAACGGUCGCUCCUGACAACACCACAACAACGACCACCCCCAAGCCGACCCCGGAUAACAACACUACCACCACAACGCCGUCGACAACAACAACAACCUCCACAACGGUGAAACCCACGCCAGUUCCGGACAACAACACAACCACAACGACAGCCCCAACACCUGCUCCGUCGCCAACCCCAGUUCCGGACAACACGACCACCACAACGGCCGCUCCCCCCUCUCCAUCCCCAUCUCCGGUAACGACCACCACGCCGGCGCCCGCCCCCGGACCGGUUCCGCACUGCAAGCGCUUCGACGGGUACUCCUUCGUCGGCGGAAUGAUCCUCGCGUACGGUUCCCUCGCGAUCGCGCUCGUCCUCUGGAAGUUCUACAAGGCCCGCACCGAGCGGAACUACCACACGCUGUAAGAAGGGGGUGGCGAGGUAAGAGCGGGAGAGAGCGGGACGGAAGUGUUUUUCAUUCUAGACCAAAAAACUACACUACACUAAACUACACUAACAACAAGUCUUACUAUAAACUGAACAGAAUCUUUGAUUAUCACGCUGAUUAUUUCCUAAUUUUGAAUCUCAAAGUGAACAUAACCUCAAACUCAACACGAGGACAGUUACAGACAAAAACAUUGCUUGCGAAACUAAGAUAAAAACUUAACUUUUUUGUUGAAAAUUUCUCAAAAACGAUAGUAUUAAGAUGAAAGAGAAAGA